AUGUUCAGGAACGAAAAUGGGAAGCAAUCAGUAAAGGAAGACGAGGACAAGGAGAAGGAAGCAGCCAAGAUCGAAGAUAUUUCAAAGCGUUUAGCUGAGAUGAACAUGCACGACAUCUCUGAUCAGUAUAUCCACUUCGCAUUGACCGGCAUGUACGCCAAUGGCGACGUCGAAAAGGCCCUCGAGAUUCUACUUUUACAGCAAAAAUCAUUUUCAGGCAUUAUCAUGCCAUACAACCCAAAUGUGUCGAUGCUCGGGGCCGAGAAUAGGGGGAACGUGACAUGCUACCUAGACGCUCUGCUCUUCGCCAUGUUCGCGAAACUCGAGGCAUUCGAGUGCAUGCUCAAGAACGACUCCAAUGAUGAAGCGCAGCGGAAAUUGGCUACUCUCGUUCGCCUUUGGGUCAACAUGCUGAGGAGCGGAAAACUGAUCCACACGGAUAUGGUGGACCUAUUCCAUCAAGGAAAAGGCGAUGCUGAUGAUCACAAAGUCGUUUAUGAACGCCUUUUGAAUCUUGCGGUUCCUGCUGACCCAGAAGGCAAAGGCAUCAAGCUGGAAGACUGCCUCGAGGAGUAUUUCAACACCAAGGUCGAUGUUUUACGGGACAGCCUAGAAGAGAAAAGGGGAGAGAGGCCUGUCCUGACUCCCAAAAACACUAUCCGUAUUGUGACGGAUAACGACGGCGCAGAGUCGGAAGCCGCCGACCAGGUGGAGAUGUCCCAAUUACAACGGCGGUGGACACAUGCAGACUCGCCGGCUUCGUCAUCAUCUCCAACAACAGUACGGCCAACGCCGCGGCACAGAUCGACCAGCAUUAUUCAGCGAGUUGUUCUAGACGAGAAAGGUCAGCCAACAGAAGUGGACGGAACCACACUGCUGCAAAGGGCGAAGCGGACAGGGUCAACUGUCGUGAAAGCUGUCACAAUACCUGCUUGGCAGUUCUUCAGGUUAAUACCCUGGAACGCAGCUUCGAAUGCAGAGCCUCAAACAGAUGUUGAGGUUGCAAAACACUUCAAUCAGCGUCCUGUUGUCGGCAUCUGUCUGAAACGGUACAUGAUGACGGAGAAGGGCGAGUUCAAGCGUCAGAACACGUUUAUUGAUAUCCCAGACAGUCUCAGGUUACCGCAUUUCAUGAUGGUCGACGAUGUGAGGCUGGAAGAGGAUGCUGGCCUGAGCGCCGAGUACAAGCUCGUGCUCCAGUCGGUUGUCUGCCAUCGAGGCGAUUCUCUGCACAGCGGACAUUACAUCUCCUUCGCUCGCGUCGCCCCGAAGCUGCUCACGGAUAACCGUCGGCAUGACAGCGACCCCCCACCGGACUAUGAGGAAGCACAAUGGGUCAAGUUCGACGAUCUUAACAUCGAGAGUCGAGUGACCUAUGUAGAUGACAUCAAGGAGUCUUUGAAGGAGGAGAUGCCCUAUCUCCUGUUCUACCAGAUCGUACCGAUGGUCGAUGUGACUACAUCCUCCACGGUCGAUUCGGAGACGGACCCACCGUCUUAUAACGACUCGGCCAUCAACGUGGGAGGCACAACAACUCCAGGCAUUGACGGGGAGAAGAUCGGAUUGUCAAGGCAGACUAGUGGCUACUUUGACGGUCUGACCAAUUCGACCGGCCCAAGCAUCCGCUUCUCGUCCGAGAUGGAGCGUCCGCCACGCGUGAGCCUGACAGUCGACGAAGACCCUUACUCGUCAUCCACGCUCCUUGGCACGAACUCGUCGCGCCGUGGCAGCUUGACGUUUACAGAGUCCACGGCCGUCACGCCCGCGAUCACACCAGAGGGCGGCCACUCCCCGGCGAUCACGCCGAACGAGGAAAGCACCGCGCAGAGACUAUCACGGGCCGCAGCGAAGUUCACCAAGUCCGGCAACCGGAGCCGGCCACCCAGCCAGGCUGGCGAGAACCGGAUUAGUAUCACGAUGUCUCGUCUCGGCCUCGGCCGGCAGAGCAAGGAGCCCCUUCGCGAGGAAGGUGGCGUGGAGGCGGUGGAAGACGAGCAGACAAUCUUGCCGGACGGCGAACACCUGGUGGACGGGACGAACGGCAAGGAGCAUCACCAUCACCAUCACCACCACCACCACCACAACAACAACAAGAAGAAGAGGGGCAAGUCGAAGAGUCGGGCUGGCGACGAGGAGAAAGGCGUCAGCAAGGCGGGCGUGCCCGAGCGCGAGUGCGUCGUCAUGUAG